AUGAAUGUCACAGAGAUGAAAAACGCAAAAGCUGACAAGUACGCUGGUAUCAGAAAGGUAAUUUCAAUGAUGAUCCACUGUGUUGAUUGCGAUGACGAAGAGUGUGCUCUGAUGCCAUACUGCCUGGAUUUCCAAGAUCUGCUUUGUCAUCAAGAGGAGUGCUUCGAGAAAAAAUGCAAUUUGAGAUUCGGAGUCGCGGCAUGUGACGCUUCAAGAAAGUACCUGAGACAUUGCCUUUCUUGCUCCAAGCCCGAAUGUCCAAUUUGUGCUCCUCUUCGAAUCAUCUGGCCAGAAGGAGACGAAGAUAUCGAGAGCCUAAAAGAGCACCUCGACGCCUUCCGCGAAUUCGUCUUAUAA